AUGAACUGGCAAUCUUCAUUUAGAGAUCCACCAGCUGAAACACUGAAACCUAUUAAAUACUUCUAUAAUUAUUUCAACUAUGAACUAAUACAGCACAUUAUUGAUCAAUUAUGCUGUGCAAAGUGGUUCCAGCUUCAGAGCCGAUUGCUUCAUAAUACUGAAACACCUGACAAUCCAAGCUAUGAUUUUAUAAAAGAUGAACAUCAAAAAAAUGUUAUUAAUGGCAACGAAAUUCUUCAUCAAAAUUUAGAAAAAUCGGUGGAAACCAACACGCUAUUUAUAUGUUUUCCAAAUAAUCCAUUACAAAAGAUUGUUCAUAAAAUUGUCAACGCUCAAUCCUUCAACAAUCUGACACUGCUUUUUAUAAUUGUAAGCAGUGGUAUGCUGUCUCUUGAGGAUGCAACUAAUCCAGAAGCAAAAAUAAAUGAAAUUUUGAUAUAUUUUGAUAUAGUAUUUACAGUCUACUUUACAUUUGAGGUUCUUCUCAAGGUUAUUAACUUUGGGUUUUGUUUUAACACUGGAGCCUAUUGUCGAGAAAUAUGGAAUUGCUUUGAUUUAUUUAUUCUACUAGCUAACAUUACGUCAGUAAUUUUAAGCUUGAGUGAGACAAAAAGUGGUGUGAAAUCGUUUUUAAAAAUUUUACGUUUUCUUCGGGCUUUUCGUUGUUUAAGAUCAGUUAAUAAUCUUCCAAAGCUAAAGCUCAUUAUAAAGUGCAUUGGUUCCUCAAUAAAAAAUGCUUCUGGUAUAAUGGCAGCAAUUGUACAAUCUAUUUUUAUUUUUGCAGUAAUGGGUGUGCAACUAUUUAAUGGAAAACUCAACUAUUGCACAGAUGAAUCAAUGACAAAAAUAGAGGAUUGCAGUGGUUUAUUUAUUUCAUUUGAUGAUUAUAACUACAACCUCCCUGUUGAAAAAAAGAGGGAGUGGGUUAUUGAUGACUUUAACUUUAACCAUAUUGGAGUUGCACUAUUAUCAUUGAUUUCAUCAUCCAGUGGAUCGGGAUGGCCUAUUUUAAUGCAGAGUGGGAUUGACAGCGAAGGUGUGGAUGAAGGUCCCUUAAGAAAUAAUAAAAUUUGGUUAUCACUUUAUUUUAUUGCGUUUCUAAUAACAAUGUUGUUCUUCUUUAUAAAUUUAUUUAUUGGAAUGAUUGUUUACACAUUUAAAAAGUAUUCCGGCAAAAUUGAAGGAGAAUUAGAUAGAAAUUCUAAGAUUUGCCUAGAUUUUGUAUUAAAAUCAAAACCACAACCUUGUUUUAUACCCGAAGAUGUAAAAAGUUUGAAAUACAAAGUUUGGAAAUUAAUUGAAUCGCGGUUCUGGAAUUACUUUAUUGUAUUUAUAGUUUUAGUGAAUUCUAUUGCAAUGUUGGUGGAGUUUGAUGAGCAAUCUUAUCUGUAUGAAACACUCCUGAAUUAUAUAAGCUACAUAGUGCUUUUGGUAUUUUUUAUAGAAGCUGGAAUAAAAAUAUUUGCCUUUAGACAGAAUUAUUUCAAAGAUUUAUGGAAUAUAUUUGAUUUGUUAAUUGUUAUUUUGGGAAUAAUUGGCUUUGCAUUGGAUGUAGUAUAUCUAAAGGAUGUAUCAGAAGAAAGUCAUCCUUCAUUUGAUACAAAUAUAUUUUCUUUUUUUCGUGUCUUGCGUUUUAUCAAAUUAAUGCAAAGAGUUCGUCCAAUCAGAAUACUUAUUUGGACAUUUCUGAAAUCUUUACAGGCUCUUCCGCAUCUUGGAGUUUUAAUUUUUAUUGUAUUCUACAUUUAUGCUGUGAUUGGAAUGCAGCUAUUUGCCAUGAUAUCUAUUUCUCACAAUGAUGGUGAAAAUAAACGUUGGUCGUAUAUUAAUAAAUACAACAAUUUUCGAACAUUUUUGAGCUCACUUCAAGUUCUUUUUGAGGUAGCUUCUGGUGAUAACUGGCCCAAUAUAAUGAUGGCUUGUAUUAAUGGUGCAAAAUGUGACAAUGAAUUAAGAGCUGUUCAACUUGAUAAAGUGUUGGUUUGUGGAAGUGAUGCUGCAUAUUUCUACUUUAUCUCGUUUAUUUUAUUUUGUUAUUAUUUGAUGCUUAACUUAAUUUUGGCUGUUAUAAUGGACAACUUUGCAUAUUUAACAGAGGAUACAAGCAAGCUUGGUCCUCAACAUUUAGAUGAAGUUGUAAUGGUUUGGUCCAACUUUGACCCAAGAGCAACUGGUCGAAUAAAGCAUACAGAAGUAGUUCAAUUGCUCAAAGAAAUGAUGCCACCUGUAGGACUUGGUCCCCAUUGCGUAAAAAUUGUGGCAUACAAGCGUUUAGUCCAAAUGAACAUGAUAUUAUAUGAUGAUGGUUCUGUGGAUUACACAGGGUUCUUUUUUGCUUUAGUACGAACAGCGCUGAAUAUUUAUACUAAAAAUGCUAAUCUUCAAAUAAAUAAUGAUGCAAUUCGCAAUAUGUUGCUUUCAAUUUGGCCAAAAAUAAAAAAACGUCCUUUAGACUUGGUUAUUCCUCGUCCACCACGAAAUGCCAAGCAGAUGACAAUUGGAAAGCUUUAUGCUGCGAAAUUAAUUGUCUACAAUUACAGAAAUAUUGUUCAAUCGAAAGUUUAAGGAUGUCCAAGCUCGGAAUGCGGUAGCUAGAAGUCCUUCUAAGCAAUCUAAAAUUGAUUAAAUUUUAGUUUCUACUCUCAAUAGACCUUCUUUUUACCUGGGCUUGACUCUUUUUAUCCGACCUAAAGUGAUGCUAACACUAUAUAAAAUUUAUUUUCUUAAAUUUAUAUCUUAAUCGUAACAAAACGAAAAUUAUAAAACAUGUAAAUAUUUAUGUUAAU